AAAAAAUCAAAAUAUGGCGGCAGUUUCAGGUGGAGGAGAGAAACCAUUAGGAACUUCGGUGGAUUACGAUUUGCAAAAACAUCUGAAAGGACUAAACACGGCUACUCCUGACCUUUCUACGUUGGCGCAGAAGGGUGACGAAAAGGUAAGAAGGAAGAAACAAACUCGCAGCUACAAUGAGUACAUUUAAAUAGAUUUUGCGUUGUUCGUAGCAGCUAACAGUGUACCAAUUCAACCGUAAUGUAAAUGCGAACUUAAGUCUGUGACGCAGACUACAGUUUUUUUAGCUUAAUGUAUUGUGUAGAUAUAACUUAAGCUUACAUGAAUUUGUACUCAAAGGCCGCUCCAUUUGAUUUUGCGUUCUAAUACAUAAGCUUACACUGUACCUGUAGAACGAGGGACAUUGGGUCACAAUGCGGAUACCGUCAUCACGUAAGAAAUAAAGAAACCAAACAAUAGAGUUCUCCUGGGGGCUUUAUUGUUUGGUUGUAUUGUUUCUUUUGUUGUAUGUAAUCUGUGCCUCGGUACCUACAUGUAUAUACAGAAGUUAAGCUAUGCCGCUUUAAUACAGUGUAAUUUACGUAAAAUUUCAUUUAGCUACAGGAGAUCAGCGGAGGAUAAAAAACAACAACAAUGACAAACAAACAGACAAACAAGCAAAAACAAACUCACAUUCAUGUUCAAAGUUUGUAUAAUAUUUUCCAGCUUUGAUUUUGUCCAUAACACUGUCUACGAUAAUGACUCUGAAACAAAUGAAAAUACUGGAACUCUCAAACCAAGGAUAAAAUAAUUGAACCGCAAUGUACACUCUUUGCACAGACAAUUACAUGUAUAUCUCUGAUACUGCAACAAUUUCACUUAAAGUGGUAAGUUAGGUCAGCAGCCUAUAAAAUGGAACGUGUAAAAUAUCCAUUAAAGAACAACAGUAUUUUGAGCUGCAGUUAUAAAAGUCUGACCAUUGUUCUUUUAAGAAUUUAUGGGCGCGAUCCAUUCAACCAAAAUUCAGACCGGUCCGACUGGGAAAAGUGGUCCACAUCAAAAGGUGGACCACUUUUUUCAAAACUUUUCUGGUUGGACUGAAGCGAUCCAUUGAGGUUUGGACCGAAACUUCCAGAAUUUUGGUUGAAUGGAUCGCACCCUAUGAAACCACGAUUGGUCUUAACUUACCCCCAAAUCCCUUUUUAAAUUUCCCCACAAUAUGAAAAAACUUUAGGUCAUUGACAUUUCUGCCAAAAAAUCAUACACAUGUCAAGCAGACAAGGCUGUGCUCUAAGAAAAACUGAAAGGAUCCCAUGCUCUCAAUUUCUUAGGGUCCUCAGCAGAUAAUUUUCUGGUCACUUAGCCUUGUCCUACUGCAGUACGACAUUUUAAUGGCAGAUAGGUGCUUUGUUGGCUCAUGUAAUUUAAUUGGAGUUACAAAUUAAUUAAGUUUUUGAUUAGUAUGGAAUUUUGAAGAUUAAAAUUAAUUGCUUGACUUUGCUUCAUUUUUGUUUUUAAUGAAACUCAGACAAUUUUUUAUUUAUAUCUGUCAAGAUUAUUAAGAUGUCUUAUUUCUCUUUCAAAAGCUUGUGGAACAGUUUAUGACUGAAGAUAUUCAGAUUGGUGGCACAGCAGAUGAAAAACUGCAAAGUCAACUGUAUAUUGGUAAAUAACAAUGUACCCGGCAUAUAACUAUUGUAUUCAGGUUGAUAGACCUUUAUAAGAUGUAACUGGAGGCUUAAUUAUUAUUGAUUGUCGGACAGUUUAAACCUUAGGAUUUCAUUGUAGAGGUAAUAAGGGAUAACGCAUGGAGCCAAUGUAUGUCAGUUGAAAUUUAACACAACUUUAGGGAGAGUAGCUGUCCACUUCAAUCAUGACACUGUUAUAUUUAUAAGAAUCUCUGUAUGUACCCUUAACCCCAAUUUAUUACUUGAAACACUAAGCUACUUAAUAGCCGUAACGUCAUCAUCAUCAUCAUCAUCAUGUAUUUUCCUUCAUCAUAAUCUUUAAAUGAAGCCAAACUAAGUGGACAUCAGUUUAUCAAGGGCUUUAUAGUGGUGACAACAGUGGGAGAACUCUCGCUAGGACGGCCAAAAGCUAACCGCAGUCACGUAAUAGAGGUGGCCGCUUAAUAGAGGUUUAAUUCACCAUUCUUUUCUACAAUUAUUUUGGGUUUUUGAAUUACUUUCCAUUUAAUAUGCGGUGGCGGCUUAAAAGGUGGCUGCUCAAUGGAGGUUUAACUGUAUUAAUAUUAAAUUAUUUUUUUAUUUAAUCAUUUGACUAUGGUAUGAUUUUUCUUGAAGCCAAGUUAUAUGUCAGAAAAUGUUAGAGAAUAGCAUAUUGUAUUUUUUUUUAUCUCUCUGCACUGAUCUGAUUGUAUGUACACUGUCUAUUAGACUGUUUCAAGUAAAAAUCCAGUGAUGAAGGUACAUAUGUACAUGUACCCAUAAUUUCUUUAUCGGUUGAUAUCAUUAAAUUGGAGAAAAAUUUGAUAAUUAUUAUAUUAUACUAUUAUCUCCGGAAGGGGAGGUGAAUAUAGUGGUGGAUAUACCCAGAGGCAAAGGGUCAAGGUAUAUAUCCAGCUCUGUUCACAACCCUGAUGGGGAUAGUUGUUUUAGUAUUUACCAAAUCAGUUGGAUAGAAAUGAAAAAAAGUAACUUUUAGUAAAUUAAAAACGUCACUUAGUAUGCACCUUAUUUACAAUUUACAAACAUUUCGGGAAUUUUGUCAAGUGUAUUUUUACAUUUUUGUUGAAAAUUAGCAUGACAAUAAUUUUCUACCAACCAGUAAACACUGGCAGCCAAAGUUUGUCACUUUCUUGGUAUUUGUUUGUACGGCUGCUUCAUGUAUCGCUCAAAUUUCAUCUUUUGAAAAUGUAUCGAAGUUACAACACACCAUCUUGGCUCUGGUCGCAAAACAGUGAAUAGCCAAGAACAUUCUGAGUUACUGGAGCCAACCAAAACAUGCAGAAAUUGCUAUUCGCUGAUUUGGUAAAUACUAAAAAUCAAUAUGCAUGUUUAUCCCUUCUGGGUUUAUUAAAUUCACUGGAUCACUAAUGUUGGUGGAUUAUCAUACAGUGUACAUGGAAUAUCAAAUCAAUUAUGUCACUUAGAUGAAUAUUUCAUUCUUUCAGCUUGUUUCUGGGGCUUUUAUGAUGUUGUUAAGACUCUUCUAGACAAAGGAGCAGGUAUACAAUAUUAUCACUUAACGGUAGUCAACAUAAUUAUUUUUUUGUCCCGUAGUUAGUUGAUAUUCCUUAAUACAAAAUUUCCUUGAGCGAAAUUACAAAACUUGUCACUUAUCUCAAUAUAAAGUGCAGAAUUUUUUGUGUUUUAUUUCACUUCCAGAAUAUUGAGCAUAAUUUGCAGAUAUGUUCAAAAGGCCUGCUAGUGCAGAGAUCAACCAAUCACCAGUACCCUAAUUCCCUUCUUUUUCUUAUAAUGUUAUUUCGUGAUUUGCAGACGUUAAUGCACAGAAUAAAGAAACUCUCUGGACUCCUCUUCAUGCUGCCACAUUUCAGGAACAUGGAAAGGUAUUUGAAAUGUUUCUUUGGCUUUUGUUCUGACUGUUUCAUUCACCAUAGUAAUGGGGAAGUUAAACAGGGCACCCUAGCAGCUGACUGCAGCAGUUGGAGAAACACUCUCCACAAACAACUAAAGCUGGGCGAAGAAAAGCUGAUAGUGAUGGCAGACGAGCAGCGAGCUUUCAGAAAGGACUCGUCCACCAGACCUGAAACCACACACAAAUGUGACCUCUGCAACAGAGACUGUCACUCUCAGAUUGGCCUGUUUAGUGACAGGCGACGCUGCUCAAACUGAGCUGACAGCCUGGAGGUAUCUACCCAUGGUCGACCCUGACCGACAGGGGCCUCACAGGGAAGAGACUGCAAGACUCCCUCACCUCCCUUGCUCAAUGCCACUUUUUUAUUCCUUUCCUUACUGUAAAAUUAGUGUAAUUAAUAGCUGUUUGACUGUUUAUCUACAGAUUGUGAUGCUUCUUUUGGAGAGAAAUGCACAGCCUGAGCUUCCUGAUUGUGAAGGAAGGUACACUCCAUUUCUAUGCAUUAUUUUAUCAAAGCAACUGUAUACAGCAGUUGUGCUACAGUGUGAGUGCCAUAUAAUUAAACACCACUAUGCCUGACACAAUGUUGCAAGGCCAUGCUCUAAGAUUUAAAAGCUUGGAAUCUGGGGUGCCCAACAUUACGACUUUCGUGUGCAAGAUUUCCUUGUCCCCACAGUGAUACCAGGCUCUGCAUAGGCAUAAACCUUUUAUUGUUACUAAUGUAGUUUUUGUUUUGUUUUGUUUUCUUUCAUUAUUUUUAUAAUGAAGAACUGCAAAGGACUUUGCCUCAGCAUCUGACAAAGUUUGGCCACAUUUUGCCGGUAAAAAUAAAUGUGUUCAGUGCAAAAAAUCAUUUUUCCUUAUACCCUGCUAGAGAGUUGUGCUGGAAACUGAAAAGAUCAAAGUCGUAAGUGACUCUGCCAGCAGGGCAGUGUACAUUUAGAAUAACCAAACGACUUGAAUUGUACUAAAUCUGUUCAUUUUUGCCCUUUGUACUGAAUAUCAAGUACAUGUAAACGAAAGUAGAUGCCUGUUAAAUUCAUAUUAUUACUCUACAGGUACUAGACUAUGAGUAGUCCCCCAUUUUUCUUCAGGGAUAGUAGAGCGAGAAAAACGCGAGUAUACAGUGAUAGCAAGUGUUAAUGUUGUCCACAGUAAUCCUAAUAAUUGAUUUAAUUGUACUUUUGAUACUUGCGCACAAUGGACAAGUCUGUUCAUAUGUACCUUGCUGAAGAUUGGCAGCUGUCGAAACUGAAACUAUCUGAAGGAAAUAAAAUAAUAUCAAUCUGGCAUCUUGGUACUUCUAACCUAAGUCAGUUGUUGGAGUUGAAUUAAAGAGGAAGUGUAACUGAGAUAAGCGCUACAGACCACAGGUAACCCAGGCUCUGUGAGGGUACCACAGUACGGUUCCAGUAAAAUUACAGUGUUUGUAUGGGGUCAAAAUACCAUCCUAAAAUUUCUAGGAAAUACUAAAUAAAGUUCAAUGAAACUUACUCUGCAGUUAAUUGUUGUUGUCCUUAUUGCUCCAACGAAGUUUCGUGAUCAUUUGCAGUAAUUUGUUCAAAUUCACUCUAUAUACAAUACAUAUAGAGUGAAUUUGAACAAAAUUAAUUACUGCAAAUUAUUACGAAACUUCGUUAGAGCAAUAAGGACAACAACAAUAUUAACUGCAGAGUAAGUUUCAUUGAACUUUAUUUAGUAUUUCCUAGAAAUUUUAGGAUGGUAUUUUGACCCUAUACAAACACUGUAAUUUUACUGGAACCGUACUGUGGUACUAUCACAGAGCCUGGGUUACCUGUGUACAGACUUGAAAAUCCAACAGAAGUGUUUUCAUUCUUGGUGGAAAUCUUUUCAGUAUGGUGGGCCAACUCUUGGGUGAAAGUUAAUAAAUCCCAGCACACUGCAAAGUAGUGUAUGCGAAAUCUGUUAAAUAAAAAAAUGUCUUCGGUUAUAAAGAUAGAUACUACAGUAGAAAAAAACGGACUAACACUAGAAAAAGUGUGUCAGUUGUUUUGCUCGAAAAAGGUGUUCCAAAUACAGAACUCAACGUUCACAUGAUACCAAAUUAAUUUUUGGAUCAGUAAUCUUAUUUUACUGCCACUUACGAAAAGCUUUUUUUCAUAUUGUCGAAUUUUUAGCUUUAAACUGCCCAAGAACAUCAAAGCAAGAGCUUAUAGAAAAAGGAAUAAUAAAAAAGGUAAUAUUGUAUUUUGUAAUUUAAUUGUUUACCCACGGAGCACUUCUAAGGAGUUAUUUUAAGAAUAAGAACUCGUUGGAACGUGUCCGUGCGUCCCAGAUCGAAUUAGAAUUUGGAAGUGUUGGUUUUAAAGGAGAUGGGAAGACCGGAUUACCCGGAGAAAAACCCCUCGGAACAAGGAAGAGAACCAACAACACACUCAACGCACAUAUGGCGUAGACGCCAGAAUUCGAACCCAGGCCACAUUUGUGGGAGGCGAGUGCUCUCACCACUGCGCCUGCGCAAUCUUUUUAAUAUGAUGUUUUAUUAAAAUCCAACUAGUGGUCUAUUAUCAAUGCUGCGUUCUGAUUGGUUGGGCUACUACUAGGCUAUAUGUUAUAGUCCCCUAGUAGCGAAAAGCGCGGGCUUUUUGGCGGCAAAAAAGGAUUAAAGUCUAGCUUUAACUAGCUAAUUUUUUUUAUUCUCGGUAUUUUUGACCAACUAGUUGGAUUUUACUAAAACAAUUAUUCCUCUCGCCCUCAUGGCCUCUGAUUCAAUAGCCCAUUCGGCCUUCGACCUCAUGGCCGGUUACUUAAGGUGACUCGACCCAGUUUUUCUGGGGGGGGGGGUACCAUCCUAUUUUGAAGCUCUCUGGUAUCCCCACCUUUACUGUUAGCGUAAGUCUAACACAUAGAAUGGAUAACAUAUACAUCAAUCUACAAUAUAACAUAAAAUUUUUGGCGAGCGGUGUAAAUGUCACGUGGUUAUAAUGCCACGCCCCUUUGAGGUCUGAGUCGAAAAUCUGCUGUUGCCGGCAUUUUUUCGUGAAAAUCUCUCGGCUACACGUAGUGCGCAUUAGUGCCUUGCGCUGAACAGAGUUUCACCAAAAUCGCAAAGACCCAAUUCGAGAAAUUCAGCGGUUUCCAAAUUUAGGUCAUAAUUUAUGCGAAAAUGAUAAGUAAACUUUAUACGAUUAUAUCUAAUAAACUGUGAGCCUUUAUUUUGGGGAUCGUUAUAACAGGUGGGUCCUUGCAAGUCAGCAAAAAGCUUUAGGGCCUUGUAAAUGCGCGCGAUUUCGAGCGAAGCAAACAUAUAGAAAUUAUAGUUUUAGGUAUUUGUUGACGUUUGUCAGCCUUUAAGAGCCCUUCUCCCGAAAAAAGCAUUUUCUUAAAAAAUUCGUAGUUUUUUUUUCCUUCAAAUUUUUUUCAGGGCCACAAUUGAUUAACUACCCGGAUUCUGAAUUUCAUGGUGAUAGAAAUACUGUGACAUUAUCUUCUAUAACCCCCCAACUUGAGUAAACAUUGAAGAUUUUUAGCGUUUUGGCUGAGUUUGUGCUUUGGGAGUUGUCUAUUUUUUCUAGUCUGUCAUUAUACAGCAUUCUUGUUUAGCACGCGUGCAAUGACCACACUUGGCUGACUUCCGAAUGCUCACCGAGAUAUGAUAAGACGCACAAGAAUUGAUUAAAAAUCAUGAGUUAAACCUCUAUGUAUCACGCGAUCGCCUGUCUCAGGCCGUACCAAAAUUACCAUAUCUCGGUGAGCAUGCGAUAAAAGUAAAGGUGGGGAUAUCAGAGAGCUUUAAAGUAGGAUGGUACCCGGCCAAAAAAUUGGGUCGAGUCACCUUAAGAAGUGGAUUCGCCGUGCUUCAAACUUUAUCGCGGUUAUUCCAUCUCGUUUACUUCGUCAAAUGUUGGCAAAUGCUUUUGGAGUUGAAUUCUAAAUUACUGCAUCAAAGUUCAGGAAAAAAAAGGGAAAGUUGUUGUCUUCUGUUCCCGUCCUCGACAAAACGUGAAUUUAGUCACUUUCACGUUGCAGUCGUGCAACGACGCUAAAGAAAUGUACAAAAAAGCGUGAUGCACGUGCAAAGUUGUUGUUUUGCUAAUCUAACCUUUUGUUUGUUCUUUUUUUGUAAUGCCUUUCUCGUUGCCGUUGCCGUCGCUUAAGCUCCCUAUUAUUUUGUUACGCUGUUUCUCCUUCAAUACGCUCUUCUCACUUAUGGUAAUAUGCCCGUCUAACCUCGUUUACGGGUAAAAAUUCUUUUGAAAUUCAAAUACGAAAACGUCGUCUGAUUAGCAUUUCAAAGGACUUUUUACUCAAAAACGAGGUUAGACGGGCAUAUUACCAUACGUGAGAAGAGCGUGUAGGUGGUUUUCAUGCAAUCUCGGGAGACGCAAAUAACAAUGGUGAAAUUAACAAAUGCUGGUGGACAAACAAAGCGAGCUAAUGAGCGAUCUUUUGUUUACCGUCCACCAGCAUGGCGGCGAUGACGUAACGUGAAAACCACCAGAAUUCAAAUUGUUGCCAUAACUUUUAUCACUGUCCAGUCAGUAAUUAUAUUUAUAUUGUUGCUGCUAAUAAGCCACUUCCGAGUUCCAAAAACCCUCACUUUCAAAUGAGGCUAGGUGCACAACCUUUCUUGUGAAAAUGAGUUUUAUUUGCUUGAGAAUGAAAAAUGAUUUCCAUGUCUAUCAAAGGCUGAGCACUUACCCUCGUUUUGAAACAGAGGCCCGGGGGAACUCGGAAAUGGCCUAAUCACUGCAGCAGUGGAUUUUGGCGAAAAAAUGCGAUACUUUCUCCUUAGACAUAGCUUCAGCGAAAUAACGACGUAAUUGGUAGCUAUAGUACUAGUGGCCGUAAAAAUCUGUGACUUCAACGAAUAAUCAAAACGAAGGACAACUUUCCGAAGAAAAAUGGAUGACACCACAAUCCUGAAAACCCGAUACCCUUAGUAUUAAUUUGAUGCGUGUCUUUAAGAAGUUUAUUUUACAAUUAAUUAUAGCUGGAGGAGCCUUCUAGGGCUGGCUCAGCCGGUAGGCCAGGAUCAGGUCCCAAAGGUAGACUGGUAAGUAACUUGUCUUAUGAACGAUCAUUUCCUCGGUUCAUGCAAAUCAACUCCAAUGGAUCUAGGAGUAGGAUAACCUCAAUUUAGACCAGCUUUCAAAUAUAUGUUUUUAACACAGGUCAAAUCACAGGUUUUGUUUUGUUUUUCUUUGCUUCAGUGUAAAACCUCAUAAUAAAGUUUUGAACAGUUUAUUUUUCGUCUGCUGAUAGUCAAAGCGUAGCUCGUGAUUAUUUUAAUGAAUGCCAACUGAGCUGAACUAUCAGUGGCAUUAGCUCCUAUAAUGUAAAAGUUGUCUGUGAAUCUGUGGAUGAAAUUGUAUAAGGUGAACAUUCUAAUAAGAGCUACUUGGGGGAAUGAUUUCCCGUGGUGCACGGUGGACCCUCGAUAUAACGAUGGGUCAAGGAGCCGAGAAGAUGAAAUAUGUACGCACUUACAUUACAUGUAUAUCGAAAAAAAAAAGAGUCAACCCAAACAAAACGGAAUUUUAAAUUUUUAAACAGAUUUAACUCAAUUUGUAACUAGAGUAAAAAAUGUGGCUUUGGGAGUAAAGAGCUGCACAGCUGUGACAUAACGUGUCUCGUUUGUUAUUAUUCAUUCAGGCAGCUUUCUCCAGGCCGGGAUCAGCGUAUGUUCUUCAGACCGAUCCCUUUGCCAAGAAACGCAGCAAUCAAGAGAGCAUAGACUUCCCCCUUGGUAAGAUUAUCCUUUAGGCGUUUGUCGGGUAGAGUGGGGGCGGGGGGGAAGCAUCCCUGUAAAAAACAAAAGCGGAUUACGAAGAGAAAAACCGCUAGGAACAGUAAUUAAAAAGAAACAAAAAAACGAUACGGACCCUUGUCGAAAUUUUUGAUACGUAUCUCCGUAAGGUACUGCAUGAAGUGAAGGAAAACGCAGUCUGUGUUCAAAGUUUUUACACAGGAAUCCAAGGAAAUGAGCUUUUCUCUCAUCGCAAGUCUUGCAAAGGUCUUUACGUCACGGUCUGAUGAAGAGUCAGCUCUCCACACAUCACCUGAGUACAUCAGAACACAUUUUCCUUUUCCUUUAUUUAUUUUUUUUUUUCAGUAGUAUUUUAGAGAAAGUCGAAUUCAGAAUUCAAUUUAGACCAUGUGGGCCUAACCAUUUAACUUUCUAUCUGGCUGUCUACGUCUGUCUCUGUCCAUGUAGCUUUCUGUCCAUACCAUAACAUCUCGAUCCGGCCAUAGAUACUUCCACUGUGUUCAAGCCGCGCUUCGAACACACACACACACUGCUACCCUUCUUUUCAAACUGCACAUCACUUUAUGACAUUUCAAAUAUAAUGGGAAAAGAAAAAGUAGCCAAAUGAUCUUAAAAUUUGGCGAAACCGCUCUCAGACAAAAAGACUGUAGUCUUGAUUGGGUUAAAAUUGACAGGUUAUAGUCUCUCCAUUUUUUUUUUUUUCAGGGUCACCUGCCGGCGGUGAUGUUUUGGCAGAUACAAGAACGCAAGGGCGGGGCGAUCAUGCCGACAAGCCGGCGUUCUCCUUAUGGCGUUCAUGAAAAUGAUCCCUUUUUGUUCUUUAAUGAGUGGUACGGAAAAGCGACCCAUUGUAUAGCUUUGUUUCAGUUGAGAAAUGAUGAGUUACGAAGUCAGAGUGUAAAUUACUGAUGUACUUUUUUUAAGAGAUAUUUUUGGUGUCAAGUUAUUUGCUUUAUGUGAAAGGGUUUUACUUUGAAAAUUGGAAAAUUAGCAGCGGUGACGAAUUUUUUUUGCUGUUUGUACAUAUUUCGCUUCACCUUUAUUAUCAAUAGCUGCAAAAUAUUAAAAAUAUUUUCUUUUUUUUUAAAGUAUCAGUCAUCAGUGGUUUGCAGUUUCAGCUUUGCGGAGACUUAGCCUUCUCGGUCUUCUUUGUUAGAAGGGACAAUAGACUUGAGGACUGAAUAUUUGUUUGCAGUUUACACAAGAAAGUAGGCUUUUCAGUGUUCAAAGGCAUCUCUAAAGCUUCUGAGCCUGGCUAAACUGAAGACUAUGGCGGUGUGCACACUUAUGUUACGAAAGUAAACAGGACGUUCAACCUUUUUUUUUUCUGCCAGAGUGAACGAUCGAGUCUCUUAUGGAGGUUCUAACUUUUGAAUCAGUGGACGAAAUCCAAUAGUAUGACCAUUCAAAUGAAACCUCUUCAGCAGUACUUUCACUUAGUACUAUUUAUUUAGUAUGUAGUUCCAACUUUUGACUCUGUGGAUGAAAUCCUGUGGUGUUACCAUUCAACUCAAACCUCUUCAGCAGUACUUCCGCAUGGUACUAUUAUUUUAUUUACUAUGUAGUUCUAACUUUUGAGUCUGUGGACCAAAUCCUAUGGUGUGACCAUUCAAAUGAAACCUCUUCAGCAGAUCUUUCACAUGGUACUAUUCAUUUAGUUUGUAGUUCUUACUUUUGAGUUUAUGGAUGAAAUCCUAUAGUGUUACCAUUCAAAUGAAACCUCUUCAGCAGUACUUUCACAUGGUACUAUUUAUUUAGUAUGUAGUUCUAACUUUUGAGUCUG